GAGACGAUCGCCGCCCUGGUUCUUGAUGAUUCUUGAUCAGCUGAAUCGCUUGCCGGCGCCGCGUCUGCUCGAUUAGGUCUGAUUCAGCGCCAGUUCUUGCGCGGAUCGCCAUGGAUUCUUCGGCGGGGUCGAUAUUUCUUGUCAAGGGCUCCAGCUUGCGAUCGAUGAGCCGCGGCAGCAGCGUCUUCUCGAUCGAGUCCGGCAGGGAGUACGAUGAGGAGGACGCAUUCAAAUGGGCGUCGCUGGAGAAGCUGCCGACUUACAAUCGCAUGCGCACGGCGCUGCUGCCCAGCCCCGCCGACGACGACGAGGCCGGCAAGUUCAAGCACAAUGAGAUCGAUGUCACUCGGCUCCAGGGGCAGGAAAGGCGCAUUCUUGUGCAGCGGAUUUUCAGGGUCGCGGAGCGCGAUAACGAGCGAAUGCUGCGCAAGCUGCGAGAGCGAAUCGAUUUGGUCGGGAUCCAAUUGCCAAGAAUUGAAGUGAGGUUUGAAAACUUGAGCCUGGAAGCCUCGGUGCACAUAGGACGAAGAGCUCUUCCCACGCUCUACAAUUUCACGAUCGACGCAAUUGAGAGCAUCUUACAAAUUCUCAACCUUUCAUUCUCCAAGAAGAAGCAGCUUCACAUUUUGCGGGAUGUUAGUGGCGUCAUUAAGCCCAGCAGGAUGACACUGCUUCUGGGUCCACCUAGUUCGGGAAAGACGAGUCUGCUGCUGGCGCUUGCCGGAAGGCUUGAUCCAUCCUUGAAGGUUCGUGGUAAGGUGACAUACAAUGGGCAUGACAUGACCGAAUUUGUACCGCACAAGACAUCAGCUUAUAUCAGCCAGCAUGAUUUACAUACUGCCGAGAUGACAGUUAGAGAGACGCUUGAUUUCUCUGGGCGCUGUCAAGGAGUGGGUACCAGAUACGAGAUGCUGUCGGAGCUCUCGAGACGGGAACUUAUGAUGCGCGUAAAGCCCGACGCCGAAUUGGACGCUUUUCUUAAGGCAACUGUAGUUGAAGGACAAGAGACGAAUAUUGUGACAGACUACGUUCUCAAGAUCCUUGCGUUGGACCUUUGUGCGGACGCUAUGGUCGGGGACAAUAUGCGAAGGGGUAUCUCAGGGGGCCAGAAAAAGAGACUCACAACUGGAGAAAUGUUGGUUGGACCUGCUAGAGCUCUUUUCAUGGAUGAGAUAUCCACCGGGCUGGACAGUUCAACAACUUUCCAGAUUGUUAAAUGCUUAAGGCAGACUGUUCAUCUCAUGGAUGCUACCAUGCUUGUCUCCCUUCUUCAACCUGCACCGGAAACGUUUGAGCUCUUUGACGAUGUUAUUCUGCUGUCCGAAGGUAGGAUAGUGUACCAGGGUCCUCGUGAAAGAGUUUUAGACUUCUUUGCUAUGAUGGGAUUCAAGUGUCCACAACGAAAGGGUGUUGCGGAUUUUCUCCAGGAGGUAACAUCAUUGAAAGAUCAACAACAAUACUGGGCAGACAGGACUCAACCAUAUCAAUACGUUUCUGUCGAUGAAUUCGCGGAGGCAUUUUCGAAGUUCAGCGUUGGCCAUCAGCUUUCCCAAGACCUUGCAGUUCCAUUCGACAAGUCUAGCAGUCAUCCGGGUGCACUAGUCACCUAUAAUCACGCGCUGAGCAACUGGGAGUUGCUAAGAGCCUGCCUGUCACGAGAAGCAUUGCUGAUGAAGCGCAAUAGUUUCGUGUACAUUUUCAAGACGGUCCAGUUUGCAAUAACAGCAUGCAUAGCAAUGACUGUGUUUUUGCGCACCAAAAUGCAUCAUAGCACCGUCGGUGAUGCAAAUAUUUACAUGGGAGCUCUAUUCUUUGGAGUGCUCGCUGUAAUGUUCAACGGGUUGGCGGAGCUUGUGAUGACAGUUGAACGACUUCCCGUGUUCUACAAGCAACGGGACUUAAUGUUCUAUCCUGCUUGGGCGUAUUCCCUUCCUUACAUAGUACUGAGGAUACCAUUGUCAGUCAUUGAACCCGCCAUAUGGGUGCUUCUAAGUUACUGGGUUAUCGGUUUCGCUCCUGAAGCUACAAGGGUAUUGCAACACUUCAUUGUGCUUGUCUUCGCUCACCUAAUGUCAGGAGGACUCUUUCGAUCUCUAGCCGCCCUUGGACGGACCCGAGUUGUGGCAAACACAUUUGGCUCAUUUGCCUUGCUGAUUAUUUUUGUGAUGGGAGGCUUUGUCCUAUCUAGAGACAAUAUCCCUUCAUGGUGGACGUGGGCUUAUUGGACUUCACCUAUGAUGUACGCCCAAAAUGCUAUCUCUGUGAACGAGUUUGAAGCAGAAAGAUGGCAAAAGCCCGUUCUGAACUCUACUGGUAGUAUUGGAACAGAAAUUUUGCAUGCCCGUGGACUCUUUUCCAGUUCUAGCUGGCUAUGGAUCGGGAUAGGGGCACUAUUUGGAUUCUCGAUCUUGCUAAACGCGAUCUUUGUUCUUGCCAUGACUUAUCUGAGAGCUCCCGGAAAACCUCAAGCAGCUGUUUUGGAAGAAGAAACGACGAAUGCGACCAUUUCUCGUCGGUACUCUGGAAAAAGCUCUAACCGCUACUCUCAUAGUCGUGGCAUUGAGAUGUCAAUUCGGGAUGCUGAGGAUAUUGAGUCGGGUGGAAUCUCAAAGCGGGGAAUGGUGCUACCGUUUCAGCCUCUUGCUCUAUCCUUCCAUCAUGUGAACUAUUACGUCGAUUUGCCAUCGGCAAUGAAGCAGCCAGACGCAGACACGCAAAGGUUACAGCUACUGCGUGAUGUUAGUGGUUCAUUCAGGCCGGGAGUUCUUACGGCACUGGUGGGAGUCAGCGGUGCUGGCAAAACUACAUUGAUGGAUGUCCUGGCUGGAAGGAAAACUGGUGGAUACAUUGAAGGUGAUAUCAGAAUAUCUGGAUACACGAAGAAGCAAGAAACGUUUGCAAGAGUAGCUGGAUACUGCGAACAGACAGACAUUCAUUCUCCCAACGUGACCGUGUACGAGUCACUGGUUUUCUCUGCUUGGCUUCGUCUGCCUCGAGUGGUUGACAGAAAAACCAGAGAGAUGUUCUUAGAAGAGGUCAUGGAACUAGUGGAACUUACUCCUCUGAAAGAUGCACUGGUGGGCUUUCCUGGCGUGGAUGGUCUUUCCACCGAGCAAAGAAAAAGGCUGACAAUAGCAGUGGAGCUGGUUGCGAACCCUUCAAUUAUUUUUAUGGACGAGCCUACCACAGGGCUGGAUGCACGGGCAGCGGCAAUAGUCAUGCGCACUGUGAGAAAUACUGUCAACACUGGCAGAACAGUCGUCUGCACAAUCCAUCAACCAAGCAUUGACAUAUUCGAAGCUUUUGACGAGCUUUUGUUGAUGAAAUAUGGUGGAAGAAUAAUCUACGCAGGUCCCCUCGGUCAGAAUUCUCAAAAAUUGACAGACUAUUUCCAAGCACUUGAGGGUGUCCCAAGGAUAAAAGAAGGUUAUAAUCCAGCAACAUGGAUGCUUGAAGUAACGUCCGCGACAGUGGAGAGCCAGAUAGGCGUGGAUUUUGCCGAACACUACAGGAAUUCUUCUCUUUAUCAGAGGAACGAGGCGAUGAUAAAGGAGCUCUCAGCCCCGGCUCCAGGCAGCAGUGACCUCGAAUUCUCGAGCACUUUCGCCAGAUCGUUCACGGAGCAGUGUGUGGCGUGCCUGUGGAAGCAGCAGUGGUCGUACUGGCGCAAUCCAACGUACUGCGCCGUGAGAUUGUUCUACACAUUGGCAUGCGCGCUGCUCUUUGGUAGCAUGUUCUGGCGACUGGGAUCCAACAGGAAUAACCAGCAGGACAUUCUCAAUCUCUUGGGAUUCUUCUACGCUGGUGUCCUUGGCAUUGGUCUCAACAACGCAUCCACGGUACAAUCGGUUGUAGAGAUUGAGCGCGUUGUGUACUAUCGCGAGAAAGCCGCUGGCCUCUACUCGGCAUUCUCAUACGUGAUUGCUCAGGUGAUUAUUGAGCUUCCUCACGUAUUCCUCCAAGCCGUGCUACACGUCGCCAUUACUUACCCCGCGGUGAAUCUCGAGUGGACGGCCGCCAAGUUUAUGUGGAACCUCUUCUUCGUCUACUUCUCCUUCCUCAUCUUCACCUUCUAUGGAAUGAUGGCCGUUGCUAUCACGCCCAACGAGCAGAUCGCCGCCGUCAUCUCCAGCGCCUUUUACCUCGUCUGGAACCUCUUCUCGGGCAUGGUCAUUCCGUACAAGAAAAUCCCAGUGUGGUGGAGAUGGUACUACUGGGCGAAUCCCAUUGCCUGGUCUCUGUACGGUCUCCUCACAUCGCAGCUGGGCGACGUGGAGACGCUCAUUGCGGUGCCUGGUGUUGGCAUGCAGUCCGUGAAGAGCUUCCUGGAGGACUACUUUGGCUUCCACCACGAUUUUCUCGGCGUUGUGGCGGCGGCUCACGUUGGAAUUGUUAUCCUGUGCAUCUCGGUGUUUGCCCUCGGGAUCAAGCACUUGAAUUUCCAAAACAGAUGACACUUCCCCCGGUGUCGACAUUGUAUAGAUCGAAAGAAAAGAAAUCGACACUAACCUUUUGCGCUUA